UCCUAUUUUUAAUUUAAAAUACUAAUUCUUCAUGUUAUACAUAGUAAUAAGAUUUCGCAUCGACUCCAGUAAUAGUUAAAACUGAAUAAUGAAUAUGAAAAGUUGUUUAAUUGAUUCAUCAUAGGUAUUGUCCAAUCCAAAAUAUGUCAUAGGCACACCAGACACCGGAAACAGAAGAAGAGUAUAGUUCAAAAAGAUCUAUGAUUGAAAUUUUAAGUUUUUAAAUAUUUAUAUUUAAAUCAGACAAAAAUUAAAAGUUUGUACAGUAGUGUGUUGUACAUGAAUUAAAAAUUAUUGAUUUCAACAACCUCAUUUAAGAUGUCUAGACUCGAAGUAUUAAAGUUGUACAAAACAAUGCUAAAAGAAUCAAGAAAAAUUCCAUCUUAUAAUUUUAGGGAAUAUGCUUUAAGAAGAGUAAGAGACGCUUUUAAAGAAAAUAAAUCAAUAUCAAAUAAUCAAAUAGGAGUACUCAUUGAAAAGGCAGAAAAAAAUUUAGAAACAAUAAAAAGACAGGCAAUUAUAGGACAGCUUUAUGCAACUGAUAAAUUGGUAAUAGAACAUGAGUUGCAGAAAUAGGUUUUAAUAAUACUUGUAGUUUAGGUAGAUAAAUGUGAAAUGUUAAAUUUGAAUACGUUUAUGAUAUUAAUAGAUUUUUAAAUAUAAAAAAAGACAUUGUUUAUUAUUGAACAUCUUUAUAUUUAAAAUUCAGCCUUACAUUUAAAAUCUAUUCUAUCUCUACAGUUAGAGCCUGAUGCAUUCAAUAUCUUAAGCAUGAAGUCUAUCUACUUGCAGUUUGUUUAGUCUAUUCGUUUUAUCCUAAUUGCGCUUGUGAUUGCAUUAUAGCGUCGCCUCAAAGCAACAGUAGGAUAAAUAUGGCAUAUCCUACUGUUGCUUUGAGGUGACGAUAGGUCUUGUCGAUUGCUCCUCCUAUAUCAAGAAAUGCACCUCAAGUCCAUUCUUGGUUUUCCAGAACAUACUCCCAGUAUUGUUACUUUGUGCCAUAUAAAUUUAGAUUUAUUUUGUUAGUUUGUUUGUGGAAAGAUUUUUGGGAUGUUUUUUGUUUCUGACUUCUUUUGAUUAAAAUUGUUACUCCGUG